AUGUCGUUAACUGAAUCACUUCAACAAAUUCCCAUUUAUGCAAGAUGUAUAAAGCAAUAUCUUGGAGAAAAGAUAGAUCUUGAGGAGAAAGCUACUGAGGAACAGGAAGGUUGUAGUGACUCUUUGAAGAAAGAACACCCUCCAAAAGUAAAGGAUCCAGAAAGUUUUACCAUUCCUUGUGCCAUUGGUAGUGUGAAGAUAGGAAAAGCUUUACUUGGUUUAGGGUCAAGUAUUAACUUGAUGCCCCUAUCUAUGCUGAAGAAGAUUAGUGGCCUUACAUUGAAGCCAAUAAAGAUUUCCUUGAUCAUGGCAGAUGGAUCACCGAAGAAACCCUAUGGUGUGGUGAAGGAUGUUGUGAUUCGCAUUGAAAGGCUUGAAUUCCUGGUUGACUUUGUGGUGAUAGAGAUGAAGGAGGAUGACAAGAUUCUAAUCAUUCUUGGAAGGCUCUUUAUGAAGAUGGCCAAAGUAAUUAUCAAUGUUGAUGAUAGGGUAGUUAUGCUUAAAGACCGAGAAGAGAAGGUGAUCUGUGAUUUCUUUUAA